ACUUAAUAUGAUUUUAUUAACAAAUAUGAUGUCACUAUUGGUGACAGACAUUCGCACGUCUAUAAUAACGCUAACAAUCGGUUAUAUUGUGUAUAAAUUGGCAAAGUUUUAUUAUUUGAGGUCAAAACUACCUCCCGGUCCACACCCGGUGCCACUGAUGGGCAAUCUAUUGUUAUUUAAAUCCAAAGAUCAUUGGGAUGUUGUGUUCCGACAGUUGGCCAAAAAGUAUGGCCCGGUAUUCACCUUCUGGUUCGGGACAACACCUCAAUUGAUUAUUACGGACACAGAGAUGGCUCGGGAGGCGUUCAGGAAGAAUGAUAUGGCCGGUCGUCCCGAGUCUUAUUUCGGUGCCAUUUUGUCAAAUGAAAAAUACAAAGACGUGGCCUUCACUGACUACGGACACACUUGGGAAGCGUUGAGACGUGUAUCCCAUUCGGCCCUUCAGUAUGUACUCAAUUAA